UUUAUAAAAUUUAAUAAUUUUAUAAAAAGUUAUAAUUAACAAACUCUAAACAAACAUAAAUGGUUUCUACCUCCAUAGGCCUAUUAGACAUUCAAUCAUGGUGGGAGAUACCGUGUAUAUCUCAUUUUUGUUCGUUGUUUAGUUCCACAUUUGAUUUGCCUGAUAUUGAUAUUGAAGAUUUGGAGUCUGCUUUAUUAUCAGAUGGUACUGAUGAAAUUGCCCUAGUACCCGAGCUUGUUGUGCGUCUAUUAAAGGGUUGCGAUGCGCUUAAAUCAGUUGCUAAAGAAAUAACGCACAGUAAUUAUCAAAUGUUUUUGCGGCGAUUCCUACGCCAACAAUGUCGCGUUAAUAAUACCGAGAAUCAUUUCGAUACUGACGUUGAUUUUCAAUCUUUGCCUAUACGCAAUCGUUUGCAGAUAUUACAAGAUUUAUGUCAUUUUCGUUUAGACUCAAAUGAUGUGCAAGUUGUUUUGGGGAAUUUAGAGGCUGACAGUUUACGUAUUGAACCGCUUGGACACGAUUCGAAGAAUUCUGGUUACUGGUACUUUUAUGGUACACGCUUGUAUCGGGAAGAUAAACCGGCAUCGGCUAGUAGCAAACUCGGAAAUAGUGGCGUUUGGCAAGUAAUUUGCUUUACCGAAGAAGAUUGGCAAAACUUAACUAGUAAAUUCGAAAAGUCAACUAAUGCAAAGGAACGUGAUUUAUAUCGUAUAUUACAUGAUAAUUUUUUACCAAAAUUACCGCAACUCUUCCGUGAACGCGAAAGAUUAAGGAGACGCAAGCUUCUCCAAGUACGUAACUCUAGUCGUAUACGUAAUAUAGUUGAACUGAAAGCGCGUCAAGAGCGUGAACGUGAACGUUUAUUGCUUGAAGAACAGCGUGCCCAUUUCGAGACCCCACAAAAGCCGCAACUAUUGUCAGCUCAGAGCCGCUUAAGAAGACGAUCUCAGUCUACAUCAACAGCGAGUGGUGUAUCAACUUAUGCUAGUUCCUUGUUAAGAACCACCACAACCAAUUCCAGCGAUUUUUUAUGCCAUAGAGAAACAUUUUGUCUAUCACCUGAAGAUGAAGAUGAUACUGAAGUUGAUGAUUUAAAACCUUUACCGAUAGCAGACUUGGAAAAGGAGGAAUCACCAAUAAAUACUGAAAGUAUAAAAGUUGAAAACAAAAGCGACGAAAACGGAAAUAUUGGUACAGAGGAGAGAAGUGCUGAGUAUUUAUACUAUAAUUUUGAAUUGAAAUCAGUUGAACAUAACGUUAGUCAGCUUAACCCAUCAUCAGCUUUGCAUGAGUCUGCAGACUCAUACUUAAACUCAACAACUAAUUUUCUCGAAGAUAAAGCUCCUAAAGUAGAAAAUAUAGAGUUUAUUGCUCCCACACCACCUGUAAAAACCAAAAAAUCACAUCAUAAAAAGAAAAAAUCUCAAAAAAAACUAAAGAAGAAAUCAAAGGAACAUCGUCGACGUCAUAAAUAUACAACUAACAAUUGUAGUAAUAGCAAUCAAAGUGUGAGCAACAGCAGCAGUCACAAUAGUGGCAAGAGUCAUCAUUCGCAUCGUGCGCGCAAGCAUCGAAAUCAUGUGCAUGCGACUUCUCUAAGUCCAGAAGACAAGGAGAAUUUCUGUCGACGUCGUUUAAGUUCCAGUGAAGUUAUUGACGUCGAUUUGCACGCUACAAGUGCUGCUCACAAUAGUGAAGUACACGAUCUUGUAACGAAUUUAUCAACAACUGCACAACAGCAGGCCAUAAUCAAAAGGGAGCAAGUUGGUAGCGAUAUUGUGCAGGAAAUGGCACCGACAACUAAUACCAAAUUGCCUGGCAGGCAAACAAAUAAUUCGCUUUCUUCUCUGACGGGAAAUAUUUUUAUACCACCACCUUCUUUGCAACAGUCCAAAGGUAACAGCAAAUCAAAAACAAGUAAAGCAGUGACGAGCAAGAAACAAAAAUCGUCCAACGCAUCAACCGCCACAUCCUCCACGGCGGAUACGAGUAGUGGAUCGAAUGAGAAAACCAGCAAUAGCAAUGCUGCUGCAGGCAGUAGCACUGGAAGUAACAAGAAGAAAGCUGUCGUUGCAUCUACUUCGCAGAAGCCUCCUACCGAAGAUUUUACUGAAACGGAUGAAGUAUUACAAAUUGGUAUGCACAAAGUGCUCGUCUAUGUUAAGAAUCAUCGCGACGCUUGGCCAUUCAUGGAUCCAGUUGAGGAAGAUAUAGCGCCUCGUUAUUACUCUAUUAUACGCAGGCCAAUGGAUUUGUUGAAAAUGGAAGAUAAAUUGGAUAGUGGUGAAUAUAACAGCUUUCGUGAUUUUCGCAAUGAUUUUAAUUUUACUGAAACGGAUGAAGUAUUACAAAUUGGUAUGCACAAAGUGCUCGUCUAUGUUAAGAAUCAUCGCGACGCUUGGCCAUUCAUGGAUCCAGUUGAGGAAGAUAUAGCGCCUCGUUAUUACUCUAUUAUACGCAGGCCAAUGGAUUUGUUGAAAAUGGAAGAUAAAUUGGAUAGUGGUGAAUAUAACAGCUUUCGUGAUUUUCGCAAUGAUUUUAAAUUAAUUGUUAAUAACUGUCGUCUAUAUAAUGGCCAUCAUAAUGAAUAUACGGAAAUGGUAAACAAUUUACAAGAUGCUUUUGAUAAGGCAACAAAGAAGUAUUUUGAGAAUUUGUCUGAUGACGAUGAUGAUGAGUUUAACUUAGCUUAUCCUACUGCAGAUACCAAAAUGAAUGUAUUUCGUGAGAAAUAUAUGAAAAAGUCAAAGGAAUCGAAUGCAGUAGGAGCAGUGGAUAAAGUUGCAUCACAUAAGAGUACACAUAAGAAGAAAACAAGUAAGAAAGAUAAUAGCAUAGACGAUGAUGAAGAUCAAGAUGAUGCAACUAGUGAAGAUAUUGAUAUGGAUGAGGAACGUGAACAGAAAGGCAACAAGCGUAAACGCAAAGAGAAAGAUAAAAGACACAAGAAAAAGUUGAAAACAAAAAAUGUAGAAGAAAAUUCUUUAUCUGAUUUGGAUGAUGAUGAAACUAUUAAAAAGGAUAUUGUGAAAAACAUAAAAAGUUGUAUUGAAAAUACGGAUGAAGAAAUUUUAGAAAAAGUGAACAAGAUUGAAAAAGUGGGUAAAUCCUCAAAGUCUUCUAAAACAAAGCAACAUAGCAAAUCUAAAAAAGGUGUGAGAAAAUCUUCUAAACAUAAACAUCACAUUUCAGAUGCGUCUGAUUUGUCUGAAGAUGAAUCGACAUAUUCCACAGAUACACAGCACGAGACCGAUGAUGAUGAGGAUGAUGAAAAUUAUGAAGUCAAUAAUAGCAAAAAAUCAAAAUACAAAAAUAGUAAAGAAAAUGUGAUUGGCGCCAAAAAACAAUCAGCCAUAAAACAUUCACAUGCUUCGACAUCAGCCGCUGCGCUUAAACGACAGAACAAAGCUAAAAAUACUAAAUCGAAAGUGAAAUCUAAAGCCUCAGUCAGUGAAAGCGACCAUUUAAGUAGUGAUUGUGAAAAACCUCUAAAAGCCAAAAAUGUAGGUAGCGAUUUCCCACCACCAGCUGCCGCAGCGCUUGCAGCUUCAGCGUCAGAAUUAGAAGAGGAUAUGGAUGACAGAGAUUUUGAUUCGCGUUCACGAAGUAUGUCUCCUUUUAAAGUUGAUUUACAUAAAAAAUACUCAAAAAGUGCACUUAAUGAUGAUCUCUCCGAGUUGUUAACAACAGUUAAAAAGGUUCCCGGUUCUAAAAAUUUUGGAAAAAGCUUAGAAUUUUAUAAAGAAGAAGAUUCCAAAUCGGCAUCUAGUCGUAAUUCAUCAGUUUCACGUGAUUCUAGUGCUGAACGCAAGAAACAGAAACCAACGCAAUCUAAAACUCGUAAUGCGAAGAAAAAGGCAGAAAGCCCAAAAGUGGAGAAGUCACCCAGUAGUAAAUCAGGAAAGAAGACAACUGAACCGCGUCCAUCCACUACUACAGAGGAAGAGUUAGAGAUGUUAAUGCCCUACUUGGAUAAGUAUGAACUAAUUAAGUUCAGACGUAGUAGGGGUAUGCCAGCUAAAAACACUCAACCAGCGGUCGCUUCGACCGCUAAAGAUAGCAAAGCAACUAAAGAAACGAGUACAAAGAAACAAGAUACUACUAAAGCGGUAGAAAAAGAAAAAGAAAAAGAAAAAGAAAAGGCAAAGCCAACUCAAGAAAAGAAACAUAAAACAUCCAAAACAGCAAAAAUUAUACCAGAUAAAUCUUCAAAACCCGUUGAUGUAGUUGAAAGCGUUCAUAGUGUUAAAGAUAUAAGUGAUAUUAGUGAUGAUGGGGCGGAAAAUGAGAGUUUGCAAAAGCUUGUCGAAAAAAAAGACGAAAAACAAUCUCCGAACAAAACUACAGCGAAUAAAGCCAAGGAGAAAAAAAUAACUGGUGGAGAAAAGUCACCAAAUAAGAAAAAAGAAAAGACAAAAGUAGUUUCUGCAACUGUUUCAGAUGCUGAGCCCGAAAAAGAAUUAGUUGAGAAAUCAGUUGCUCCCGUUCCACCUAAAAAGCCCAUCCCAAAAAAAACAAACCCAACUGCGGCAAACAAAAAAUUUAAUUCUAAAUCUGGUGGCGGAACUGGGAAGAAUUCGAGUGACAUGAAUGCUUUAGAUGUAGAGACUGAACAAACUUUAAAAGACAUUAAUCGCUGGCUGGAAUAUACACCGAAAUUUGCAGAAUUUAGCUCCGCUUCCAAUUCUCCCACGCGCUACAACAUACUUGAAGAAAUCGAAAAGUUAGAACCCUCCGAUUUCAGACGUCCUGUAGCGAUUGCACAACCAAAAACUGAAGUCUUAGGAGAGCUAGUGUCGGAUAGUGAAACUAUAGAAUCAACAAUUUUAAAAAAAGACAUUUUAACAGAACUUAUACCUAGUUCAUCGAUUUCAUCAAUUAUCGAUCGUGCAGGCACGGCAAGUAGUGUGGGCUCUAGCUGUAGUACUCCUCCGCAUUCAGUUACAUCAGGCAAUUCCGUUGGCAGCACUUCAGCAAAUGCUUCGUCAAAUAAUUCAACUGUCAAUGCACCAUCAAUAUCUUCAGUUUCUUCUGCAAAUGCUGCCAAUCAAUCGGCAUUGCUUAUUCCGCCACCAGUUACAGUAGCUAAUACUUUAACAACAAUAGCACCCCCAAAACCAAAGGAGCCAAGUACAACGCAAUUAAUAUUAAAUCCUCCACCACCUCCACAUAUUAAAAAUCAAUUGGCUAGAGAAGCGAAAAGAAAAUCUCUUAAAGAGAAACUCCAAGCAGCAUCAAAUCCCCGAAGAAAAGAUUUGCUGCGUACAAUUGAUCGGUUACAACCUGGAAAAUCAAAGGGUAAUUUAAUUCAAAAUGUUAAUAAAACUGAUGAAACUCAUGCACUUGGUCCAGUUGCGUCAAAAACUAAAGAAGUGAAAAACGCAUUAAUCGUUGAAACAACCGAAAAUACACCAAAGUUGAGUUUAGGUACGGUAAUUAAAACUGAUGAUUUUACGUUAGGGAAGUCACACACUUUUAUUGAUGAACUAGCCAGUAAAACUGAUGCUAAAGUUACAAUUUUGUCAAGUACUGAAAAGGAUGAGAAACAAAAAGAGGAUACUUUAGACCCCGUAAAGCCAUUUAUAAAGUCUACUACAUUUACAACUUCCUUGUCCGCUUCAAUAGAUGGAACUGAAAAGAAAACUGAUGAGUCACCUUCUACUAUAGACCCACCAAAACCAUUUCAGUCAUUGUCAGAUAAAUUAAAAACUCCAGAUAUAGCUACAGCUUCAAAAACGACCAAAGAAAAACCUAACUUUAGUGUUUGGUUUAAGGCUUUUGGUGCUCCAAAGAAAACUAAAAAGUCGGAUGAGGAUGAAAAACCACAAACAUCACAGCAGCCAAAUGAAAUGAACGAACCAAAUAAUGACGCUAUGUGUACCGGUAAACUUGACGAAAAUUCACCACCUUCAAAUUCUAUUGGCCUUCUUGCACCCAAAUCACCUUUAUCAACAAAUGUAAAUGAAAGUUUCUCUUUGCCUACAGCACCACGUCAGCGCAAAGCCAGUACUGGCAGCACAAUAUCUGAGCGUUCUUCAUUUAGCCAAGAUCCAGAUUCACCCCGUAUAGCCAUUGACGAACGUUAUUCAACUUAUGGUGCAGGAAAUUAUACAUCACCUAUAGGUGCCUCACCAAUCGGUGCCUCACCCAUUAUGGUCUCACCUAAACCAGAUGAAAUAAGCAAACCUACUUCACCGUAUCCAUUAAACGGUGCUAUAAAGGUUGGUUUCUAUCAAGAUACAACUACAAAAAGUAGCCCUGAUAAAAGCUGUAGUCCGCGCGAAAUGCCUUCCCCUUAUCCGCAAUACUCACAACACAUUUAUUCGUCUGCAUCUUCACCAAACGUAUCCACACCAGAUUUGAGUGGAACAUCACCCUAUGGUGGAGCUAAUAGCUACAAUCCAUCAGGUUCUGAAGCUUCAAAAACACCUGUUUAUUCAGCAACAUCACCGCUACCGAAUUCGUAUGAGCAAUAUAAACAACCACGUUCACAAGAAUCAGAUUAUAAUUCAUCAAUGAGUCCAAGUACGCCAAACCCACAUUCACCAUACCAACAGACAAAAAGCUCUCCAUAUACAACGGCUGCACAACCACACCACUCACCAUAUCAUCAUCCAAAUUCUCCUUAUCACUCGCAACAACAGCAUUCUCCUUACACUGCCGCAAAUAGUCCAGCGCCACAUAGCGGUAGCUUACACUCACCAUUGCAACAACAGCACAGUCCAAUGACAAGCAGUGUAGACUCACCAGCGUCUUCCGCCGCCACACAACCUCCGACACCUUUGGCACAUUCACCGGCUGAUCAACAACAUUCACCAUAUCACCAACCUGUGCUUUCACCAUAUCAACAGCAACCAAACGCCAAUAUGUCAUCUCCUUACAGCCAAGGCAGCAUCAGUCCCACAACUUAUCCAAUAUCGACUCCAACAGAUACAAACAACUUUGGUAAUCAACAAAAACCAAAUGAAAUUGAUAAUAAAACGAAUGGGACAAAUCAAAACAACGAGCAACAUUAUAUGCAAAAUAGCAACAAUAGUGGUUCACUUGUUAACGCCAACUCUGCGAGUGCAGCAUCUCCUUACUCGUUAGCAACUCAUGACAACUACCAUCUACAACAUCAAUCACAAGUCCAAAAGCCGCAAGAUUCACUUGCUGCUAUGUAUAAUCCGUCUGUGAAUAAUUCGGCUGCAGGGUCAAGAGAUGGAAGGCAAGUGGAUAAACAUGGAGAUUGGAAUGUGGAAACUGGUCAAAUGACGACCCAACUACAGAUGCAACAACAGCUUAACUCAGACAAUAAUCAACAAAUUAUUUCCAAUAAUUCAAAUAAAUCUCAGUAUCCAAACUAUGCACAAUAUCAAGCCACAAAUCAAGCCACAAAUACGAGUGUAAAAAUACCCAACCCUCUGGAGACGGCUUCUACAGACAAUCGAAAAGCUGAUAAAGUUGAUGGUAGUAAGGUGGCUGCCAAUAUGUACGGUGCGAGUAACGAUAUUACUGCGUUCAUGCAACAAAUGAACCAACAGGCUCAAACACUAGCGAACAAAAACUCUAGUACCGCUGUCAAUACAGGCGGUAUUAAUCAACUAAAGCGUGCGGCACAUGAUUCACUUGAUGUCUUUGGUGUUGGUGGUGGUGCUUCUGCUAAUAAAAUGCAAAAACUUUAG